AUCGAUUAUAUGCCUCUCCAUUCAUCGGUGCGAAGGCAUACUGAUAUGAGGGCUUUACACGGUGAAAAGGCGCUAGCUGGGGGCGUACUGGCCCACUUGGUGCGGAACCUCAGCUACAGUAGUUUCCUAGGCGGCUACCGCCAGGUGACAGGGGGUACCCCAGAGUAUGCAUAUGCACCGGCGGUCUCAAGGUGCCUGAUGAAUGUGUGCCAUGUAGUGGAUACACCAGAAAAUCCCUAGGUCUACGCUGCCUGUAAUCUCCCACAAUAUAGGAGUUGUCCUCUAGAACAUGCUUGCGUCAGUGACGAGGCGGCACGCAUGAGUAGAUUGCUAGCGAGAAGCAUGCUGCAGGCGGACGCCUCCCUCAUUAAGAGGGAUAGGCCCUGGAUCAAAUUGAAGAUUAUUUCCCGAUGUAGAAUAUAUUCGUGCGUUGCAAACAUCAUCUGUACUAUCACUGACCAUGGGGGUAGAAGAACGUUGCCAGAGUGCUCUGAGCUGGUUCUUUUACAACGGAGGAUAAACGGGGAGUCAGCUACGAUGGGGGGGAUUGAAAUGGUAAUUUUCCGAUUGAUCGACAACGCAGCUAGGUUCUAUUGAUGUAAUUGUUUAGGCACAAGGCAAAUCGAUGACAUUGCCUUUAGGUCUGACCCAAGUAUCCUGGACUAA